AUGGCCACGACAGACAAACCUCGGCGACGGUUUGUUCCAGAGCCCAUUGAGACCACAUUUUCAACCAGUCGAUCAAGCAAUAGAUCGGAUGAGAAAAAGACGCCUCGCACAAUGAGACCUAAUCCCGAACCUACACCCGAGCCCUCGCCUCGUUCUCCCUCGCCUGGUUUGAACGAGUUGCAGAAGAAGCAUCAGCAGCGACCAAAGCGACGCUUCGCUCCUCAGUUGAUCGAAUCAUCCCGUAGAAGCCGCAGAGUUGGAGAUGCAGGACCUGCGACCAAACCUAGCGACAAGACCGACAUUACCCCUUACACAAAGAACAUUUACACCGCUACAAAACACCGCGGCAGACGACGAGAUGAUGCCCACGAAUCCCCUUCCAAUGGCCCCAGACGUCGCGAAUCCGAGGACGAGAAUGUCGUUCAGUUUUUGCUAGAGAUUGCUGCGAAGGAGGCAGAGCGCCAGAUGCAGGAGGCCGCUCUGGCCGCGUUCCCCAACAGUCAUGUUCGUGAAGGAAACGUCGAUCAUUUUUACUUCCGUGAGAGUUCAGGAAGCGAUCAAUCUCCCGAGAGCACUUCUCCCAUGCAUGAUCACCAUGGCCAGCUCGUUAAACACCAUCACAAUGUGCGGCGGCAAUCGUCCGACAGCAAUCUCGGCUGGUGGCAUAAACACAUGCAGGAGCAUGUCGAGGCCAAGCAGGAGCAGGAACAGCAGCAGAAGGACGAGGAUGCUAUGGCGAUUGACGAGAAGCCUGGGGAGAUGGACACCCUCGUUGAAGAACCUGCAGUGGAAGCACCAGCGGUUAGGAAAGACGAGGACGUUAUGAUGCGAACCGAUACAGCAGACCUCGAUGCAAUGGAUCUCGAACCUCCUCCAGAUCCGAUGUGGACCACCUCAAACACCCCUCGUGAUAGUAGUAGCAAGCGGUCAUCGAUCGGUGUUAGUGGUCCGAUUGGUGAGACGCAUAUGCCGCUGCUCGAUACAGAAUCUUAUUUGACAGCCGAGCAACGCAGUAAGGCAUCGUCCCCGGCACCUGCAGCAUCCCGACACAUUGGCGAAUCUACGAUGCCCUUCAUCCCGUCGGCCCCGGCCGUUGGCUCUGCGGAUGUUCCGUACGCCAAAGCUUCUCAAAUACCCCCAGACACCGGCGGCUUUGCUGCCACGCGCAACCUCGCCCGACCCUUCGGAUACCGACCUUUCGGACGCGGAUCGCCUGCUCCCUCGUUCCAGAAGAGACGUCUGGGUGUCACACCGCCCAUGCUCGGCAAAGAUCUCGUCUUCCGGAGGUGUCCGUCUCCCAAGCAGACCAAGCUCGAGCCCGAUCACCCAUUCGCAGAACGCCAUGCUGAAGAGAAGUUCCGGGAUCUUUCGGGUCAGAAUGGUCUUUGGAGAGGCUAUUGCUUCAGAUCAGACUCGAAUGAUAACUACCUAGUGCCAGCAGACCUGCAUGCCCCACCGAUGCUGGCCACGCCCAGACCGGCGGCCACUCCCGGUGACGCUUCAAAAAUCAGCUCUCCACCAUACACAGACGAGCCUGUCAUGAUCGGAGCAGCCAAUGGCCAGGCCAACGGCAUAGCGCAGCACCGGGCACGGGCCGGUCCCCCCAAGGGACUCCACAUGCUGCAUGGUAUCAAUGAGCGUCUGCAGAAGGAAAAGGCACAUGCAGAGCUCGAAGAUAAGAUUGAUCAGGAGUUUGAUGAUAGCUUUGUCACCCAAGUGUACAACUAUCUAUCGCUAGGCUAUCCCGCUAUGGCCCGCGCUUUUGAUGGCGAGCUUUCACGGAUCAGCUUGAUGAGUAUUGAGGACCUUGAGAGAGACGAUGAGAAGCAACUCGCCCAAGGCCACCUCGUCGAAUCAGAGGCCGACAAGCCUCGCGAUCAGAGAUGCCCUCGAUGGCAUGCUCUUCAAUCCUAUAUUAAGGAGUGGGCUAGACAGCACCCCAACCUCGACAGCAUGGACCCCGUUGGAUGGGGUGUCCGAGAACGACGAGGCAGCUGGGCUGUCUAG